CGUUUGCCGCCGCUUCGCUGCCCCCUACGUUGGCUAGCUUUUAAGUUCCUGCUUAUUGAGCUGUUGGACCUGACAGAUGAUGGCUGGGAGGGUUUUAACACGGAUUGUAAGCAAGACUCUGCUGGAUCUUACAGCCAGCGCUAAAGGGAAAAGAAGCAGGGGAAAUAUCCGCCUCUUGUGGAUUAAUGCGAGCCGGGCAGCAGGAGCUCAGAGUAGCGGUAAAGCAGCAUUCCUGCUGGGUCUCCCUCUGCUGUCUGGUUUGAGUUAUCAGGCUUUCCUCGCUGUGCGGAGUUCAGCCGUGGUGUGUGCUUUAGAUAAAGCUGAGGUGCUGGAGCAGGCGGACUACCUGUACAGCUGCGCUGAGACAGAGAAGCUUUAUCACCUGCUGCUGCAGCAUAAGGACAGUGAGGAUGCUGAGUUCCUGUGGAGGUUAGCCCGGGCGUCUCGGGAUCUCUCCCUGCUGCCCGACACGGACGCCGGGAGGAAAAAGCAGCUGACGUUUGAAGCCUUUGAAUAUGCAAAGCGGGCGUUGGAGAGAGAUGAAAAAUGUUUUGCUGCACACAAAUGGUAUGCUGUUUGCCUCAGCGACAUCGGGGAGUAUGAGGGAGUGAAGGUUAAAAUAGGAAAUUCAUACAUCAUCAGGGAACAUCUGGAGAGGGCCAUUCAGCUCAACCCCAAAGACGCCACAUCCUUACACAUUCUAGGUUACUGGUGUUAUGCCUUUGCCGAGUUGCCAUGGUACCAGCGCAAAGUGGCAGCUGUCAUUUUCUCAUCACCGCCUACAUCUACGUUCGAGGAGGCGUUGGAGUUCUUCCUAAAGGCAGAGGAAGUUGACCCAGACUUCUACAGUAAAAACCUGCUGAUGCUGGGGAAGACGUACAUGUCCAUGAGGGACAAGGAGAAGGCGCUGCUCUGGCUGACUAAAGCUAAGCAGUACCCGGCUCGCACACUGGAGGACAAAGAGGUCCAUAAAGAAGCAGUGGAACUCCUGAAUCAGCUUUGAGAAAUAUCGCACUACCUCUGCGUGCCACCGGAGGCCUUUUCACACAACUGCUGAACCAAAUCCAUUACUAUGAAAUGAAGCAUCAGGAAAUAUUGGGGUUUAUAAUUCCACAUGACUUAA